AUGAUCCCAACCAAUGGUGCCGAGCUCGUAUCAUCAGGACAGAAUUACUCCGGGAAUAUAGAGCCCAUCCCGUGGUCGACUCGUCCUGAAGUAUACGACCAUGCUGGAAAUGCAGUACGCCAUGGCCGCGCGCGCCUCAACAUGAUCAGGAUGCACUACUAUACAACUGGCUCCGGACCACCACUCCUGCUUGUUCAUGGCACGCCAAAGACCAACUACUACUGGUACAAACUGGUGCCGCUGCUGAGCCAGCAUUUCACCAUCGUCGCGCCGGAUCUCCGAGGCUUUGGCUACACGGACAAACCCGGGGCUGAGAUGGGAUAUGACAGUCAAACCAACGCAAAAGACCUAGCAGAUCUGAUGACAAUGCUCGGAUACAACACCUUCUAUGUCCACGGUGAAGACCGCGGCGCAGAAUUCGCUUACGUCCUCGCAGCCUCCUACCGUGACCGCGUGCUCGCACUCUCCUUCGGUGAGAUGCUGCUCUCCGGCUUCGGCUUAGACAAUGCGUCGCAGUUUACCGAGUCGAACGUGAUGCUGCAGUAUGAGCAGCGUGGCGUAUGGACCUGGCACAUUCCGUUUUUCUACCAGAUCGACAUCGCGACCAUGCUAAUCACAGGCCACGAAGAGGAGUUUUGGACAUUCUUUAUGGAGGCCGAGUGCUAUAAUCCCAUUGCUCUGAGUCGACAGGCGAUCGCGGAGUGGACAGGAUUGGCGAAGGGACCGGGUGGUUUGAGGGGUAUCCUAGCGACGUAUCGCGCGGGCCUUGUGAAUGGUCAGAUUAAUCGCGAGCUCGUGCCGAAUAAGCUGCAGAUGCCGGUCAUGACGAUCGGAUCUCCUGAGUUCUUCGGCUAUCUAGUCAAGCCGGAGAUGGAGAUGGCUGCUGAUAAUGUGACGCAGAGCUAUAUCUUCGAGGAGUGCGGGCACAGUCUGGCGUUGGAGGCUGAGGUGAGGUUGGCUGAUGCAUUGCUGGGGUUCUUCGGCCAAUAA